AUGGCUUUCCAUCUUUACCACUACGACCCUUCGGUCGCAGCCGCGGCUAUCUUCAUCAUUCUGUUUACUAUAACUACUGGUCUUCAUCUUUUCCAGAUGGUUCAGACACGCACGUGGUUCUUUAUUCCUUUUUGUUGCGGUGGAAUAUUUGAAAUCGUCGGUUAUAUAGGAAGAGCAAAGCCUGAUACCCUGGGUGCCUAUAUCAUCCAGAGCAUCUUUCUCCUUGUCGCACCUGCCUUGUUCGCUGCCUCGAUAUAUAUGGAGCUUGGGCGGAUAGUGGCCCUCGUUGAUGGAGACCAAUAUCUCUUUAUCCGAAGACGGUGGCUCACAUUUAUCUUCGUGACGGGUGAUGUGAUCUCUUUUUUCAUGCAGGGCGGCGGUGGCGGCAUGAUGAGCUCCGACGGAGCUGACACUCGAGACACCGGCGAAACUCUCAUUGUGGCCGGUCUAUUUGUGCAGAUCGUCUUCUUUGGCUGUUUCGUCAUCACAUCAGCCUUAUUUCACAAGCGUCUACGCCUCGUCCCGACGCAGAAGGUUCUCACCGACAACCCACCAUAUGCCCGGCAUCUUAUCGCUCUAUACGUCACUAGCGUUCUCAUCUUUAUUCGGUCCCUCGUGCGCGUCGUAGAGUUCAUACAAGGGUUCGAUGGCUUCAUAAUCAGCCAUGAGAUCUUUAUCUACCUCUUUGACGCUGUCCCGAUGUUGGCGGUCAUGUUGAUUAUGAACUGGGUCCAUCCAAGCGAAGUCAAGACACUUUUGACAGGAGGCAAGAUGGCCAAGGGGUUUCGACUGGUCGACUAUUCUGAUACUAAUCAGGUUUUAAGUUGA